AUGGGCAAGAUCAAGAGCUCUAUCAAGAGGCUGUUUUCGAACCACCACACCUCCAACGGCGGAGCCGGCCCGUCGGAGGCCCCAGCUGCCAUGGAACCGUCAACCCGCCUCCAACAACACGCACAACACCGCCGACUUUCCAAUACUCAACCUGCCUUGCCUCAAGGGACUGCUACGCCGGCCUCAACUCCCGCCCGCCCAAGCCAUGUGCUUGGUGUAAAUCCAUCCACACGGACUCGUCGCGGCGAUACGGCGGCGGCUCACAUCAGAGGCGAUGAUGUCGAAGCUUCCGAGUCCUCCACCGCCGACCGGUCCCGAGUCCCAUCGGUCUCAAUACAACAAGCUUCUGAUCACCUGUCCGAGGCACCGGCUCCGACAUCCCCUAAUUAUCUACAUCCGCGCGGCCAUUAUUCACGUUCGAGUAGCAUCAGAAGCGGCCGGAGUCCAGAACGACCUUUCGAAAUCACCGAGGAUGAGAACUUACCUCGGAUCUUACCCGCGCAGACUCCAUGUAAACUACGGAUCACGUUUGACGGCCGAGGUGACAGAAAUGACCGACACGACAUUGUGCUCGAGUCUUCGGAGGCGUGGACCGAGCCGGCCUCAUACAAGGGCCUGAACAAGCAGAUUUCAGAGCGGUUGAAAGCCCACAAGCAGAGUAUCCUCCAGCAACCCGAAAACGUCGGGAUCGAAGUCUAUCGUCGACAUGGGUCUUGUCUUGUAGUGGGUAUCAGGAAUGAAGGCCCCUACUUCAUCAUCGAAGACUUCGACGCUGAAGUACUUGAACAAAGGGCCGUACAGAACAUAUGUGGCUUUGUCCACCAACGCCCCUUCGAGCCUUUCCGUCUGGAAAUUUGUCUGCACUUCUCUUCCAUCCGCAAGACCCCACAAGAAAGCUACGGGAAAUACUCACAGAUGGUGGUUGACGAAAUCGAAUCCAAAAUGUCUGACAACAAUUUCCUGGAUCAGGGGUUUCUGCCUCGUGUACAUCGUGACCAGAUGACCACUGCCCACAUUAUUGAGAAAAUCAUUGGCGAAGAUCCGCCCCAACGAUUUGUGCAAAACCCUACGUUGCUACGUUCUGAGAUUGUCCAGAGAGGCGCCUCAAUUCUAUUCAUUGCCUGCGUGUGUAGUCACCUGAAAGUUGAUCACAUUUUGCACCUCAUCUUGGAGCACAAGUAUAACGAUACGAGACUGCCGCAGACGGGAGAAGCGCGCUGUAAGACGCUGCAAUCAUGCGACAUAUACGUCAAGAGGCUGCUGAAAUGUGUGAAAGCCUUCUUUGCGCGAAUCAUCCAGUGCGACGGAAAGCGCCAUGGCCUGGAGGAUACGGACGUAAUGCCGAUCCUGAACAUCCCGGAUGAAGCUCAAGGAACGGGGGAAACUAAAUUGGGCCAAGGAUCGUAUGGCAGCGUUACCGCCGUCGCCAUCGACCCUUCCCAUCACGACCUUACAGGCGACCCUGAUCGGACUUUUGCGCUGAAAAAGUUCAGUGAUCAAGGCGAAUUGGGGAGAUCCUUUGAGCGUGAAUUCUCCAUGCUGGAGCGGUUGUUCAGAAAGCAACAUCCUCACAUGGUCAGUCAUAUAACAUCCUGGACGCAAAAGGGGCAUCACUACAUCCUGUAUCCUCGAGCGGCACGCAACCUCCGAACGCACAUGCACGAACAUGCGUCUCCAGGAAGAAAUGGGGUUAACACUGCCUGGUUGCUACGCCAAUUCAAUGGCCUCUCCAGUGGUCUGCGCACGAUUCAUGAGAUGACAGAAGAGACUCCCAGUUACACGUCAGCCACGACUGCCCAAAAGCCGCGCAAUCACUUUGUCUACGGCUAUCACCAUGACCUGAAACCCGAGAACGUCCUGAUAUUUGAACAUAUCAGAGGCAAAAACCCGGUGUUCAAGCUGUCGGACUACGGCGCGGGCAAGUUCCAUAUCAGGCCCAAGAAUGAAAUUGACAAGCCUAGUCAGCAAAGCUCGGAUCUUCGGGGCACGAUGUCGUACUAUGGCCCGGAACUUCGGGGGGCCAAGACGAGACCUUUCGACAUCUGGGCUUUGGCGUGUGUCUACCUGGAAACCAUAAUAUGGUUCACUCUGCCUCAUGGGGAGCUCAACCAGUUCGUGAGCGAGCGUCUACAGCAGUCAUCUAGGAGCCCCGGUUGGGAGGAUGACUUUUACUGGACGGGUACAGGCAUCCACAACGCCGAACUGCGACCGGCCGUCAGGUCUUACGUCGAUCUUGUGCGAAAAGAGUUGGACAAGGAUCCGGAGAGUCCCAACCUGCUUGGUAGCGUUUUGGACUUGAUCAUGGAAUGUUUUCAGAUCAAGCCGGAGAACCGGCCAAAGAUUGAAGUCCUAUGUGAGCGGCUCGAUGAGCUUCAGGAGAAAGCCGAGCUCAUGGCCAAAAGAGUCGAACACGAGGUCCCAACGCCGAGCUCUGGCCAGAGUGUGCAUUCGAACGAUGCAGUCUCGACACACGAAAACUUUCUUGUGAGAUCCCCAAGCCAUCGCAAUCAUACGUUUCCAGAAGAUCCGAGAUCUCAGCGAGGUCGAUAA